UUUAUGAUGAUCCCGCCUGAAACCCAGCUCCGGUCACAUGGUACGCCGAUGUUUGUCUAUCAAUUAAAGCCAAGUUUAGAUGUUGUUGCUAUGCCGUGCAUGCAGUGCGCACCAACUCAUGGCGUGAGUUUACUGAUCCACACGAUCAUGCCACAUUGAGGAAAGGAAUUUUACCACACACACCAUCUUGUCUCUAGCGUUAUUCUCCUGGCUGUUUUCAUGAAACAGUGACUUCGUCUGCAAAUAUGAUUUCCCCGUGGGACCGACUGUACACGACGAGCUGCUGCCUCUGCUGUCAUGUUCGGACAGGCACCAUUAUCCUUGGGACCUGGUACAUGCUCAUCAAUGCGGUGGUGCUGCUCAUCCUCCUCACGGCGCUCUGUGACCCAGAGCACUACCACCUCACCAGCGCUGAGCUGGCCAAUGACCUCGACGUCAUGGACGAUUCCCAUAUGUGCAUCGCCUCCGCAAUCUCCUUACUCAUGAUGAUGAUUGCUGGAAUGGCAACCUAUGGGGCGUAUAAGAAACAUGCAGCUUGGAUCAUCCCGUUCUUCUGCUACCAAGUCUUUGAUUUUGCACUCAACACCUUAGUAGCCAUUAGCAUCGUCGUCUAUCCCAACACUAUCCAGGAUUACCUUCAACAGCUGCCUGGCAACUUCCCCUACAGGGAUGAGAUUAUGGACAUGAAUGUGUGCCUCGUCUUCAUCGUACUCCUCUUCAUUGGCUGCAUCCUGGCCUUCAAGGCUUACCUGAUCGCCUGUGUGUGGAACUGCUACAGGUAUGUGAGUGGACAAGACACCACGGACAUCCUGGUUUAUGUCACCACCAAUGACACAACGGUGCUGCUGCCUCCCUAUGACGACUCCAUGGCUGCCCCGCCGAAGCACGCCCCUCCUCCAUACGUGUCGAUCUAAGUGAAGGAUCUCCUGCGGCCUGGACUUCACCGCCUCUGUAGCUUACUCUCCAUUCCAUUGUAUUCCACCCAUCAGAGUUUGGGUCAAAGCCACUGAGUGAUCUUAUACACCUUCUGAUACCACAUCUCAGGCUGUUGUCUUCCUAGCCAUCUACACAUUGCUUUACCUAAUAAGGUUUUUUUCAGGGUUACCUCCUGUGUUAAUGGCUUGAGGUCUAUUAUUAUUAUUAUUAUUAUUAUUAUUAUUAUUCCUUAUAGUUUUCUGUGUUGAUGGCAUCUGGCAACCCAGAAGAAUGACUGUAUCCACUCUCUCAUCAUCCAUCUGUUUAGAGACUUCACAGCCUCAUACCUCUGAGCCCUCUGCAGAACCUCUAAGCCUCUCACCUGGAGAUGUGUGUUCCUUUUCAAUAGUUAUGCUGGUAUCUUUCAUGUUUAUGUGAGUGACUGUGGUAUUUACAGGGUUUGAACUCCUGAUCGCUGUGGUUUGCGUUGGGAGAAUUAAAUACUAUCCCCACAUUUAGCUGAAUUACUCCAACAUUGAGAGCAUAGGUGAUUGUUGUAAUUGGUGUGUUUUUGUUUGUUUGUUUGUUUGGGUUUUUUUUCUUUUUUUUUCUUACUUUUGUACAAGUGUGCAGGGUGACCCUAAUGAGAAGAGAUCCAAAGAGUCCGAUAAUCAAUAAGAAAUAAGAAGAAGCUGAAACCGUAUUCCUCACGCUUUUUUAAGUUUCUGAUUUGUGUUUCUAGAUUUGUGACAUUUUAUUGGACAAUCACAUUUGAUUUGUCGGUGUAAAUCUCAUGUAUGUUGCACUUUAGGAACAAUGCUUGGAAACAAUGGGACGCCUGAUGUUUGCAUUGUGUGAGAAUCCCAAAGAUUUGCACUUUUCCCAUAAUCUCUAAUGGCUGUUCACAUACGGUACUUCCCUAUAGCCCUGUAGACACAUACUAUUAGGUGACUUUUGUGAAUGAAAAAUGUGUGGAUACUUGUAUUAACAUAGUAGAAUAGAGGCUAGCACACACUACAUAAAACACAGCAGAGCAUUUUCGUGCAGUUUAUUUUUUCUGUCCACCUUAUUCGGUUUCAACUGGACAUGGAUGAUUGAUUACACUAGAUUAUAUUGCAUGUCCUGUAUCAAGCUAAUUGAGUCUUGGGAAGAAAAGGCCUGGUCUCCCUCUUAAGUAGGCGAGUGAGUCUUUGUACUCCCCAAAGAGAUGUGACUUACUACCAAUAGUUAUGUUAUUAAUAUUGUAUUAAAUGUUAAUAAAUAGAUGGGAUAUAUCCUAAGAGGCUAUUGGUGAACACAUUCACCUAAUAUGGGCUAAUGACUGAUAAACAAGUCUCCCGUGACAACAUUAAUGGCCACAAACACAUUUAUGUACAUGUGUUCACAGAGUAUUUUUGAUAUUUGAAUGAAUCAAAUGCAGGGUAAUCAGUUAAUAAUUUGAUUAUUCUGUUAAUUGACAAAAAACUAUAAUAACAUUAGGUGUACAAAUAAUGGCCACACUGUUACAAGAAAGAAAAGUGUGAUGUCCUUUUCCAUAGUGGUACAAAACAUUCAACUUUUCUACAAGUUAUGACAUUUGGGUAUACUAAUUUAACAAGUACCAACAUAUAUUUUUUUUCUAACCAUGGUUAAAGCUAGUUUGACAAAAUAAUUUAUUUGUAGCAGUAAAAUGACAAAUAAAGAGAAAUAUGUCUACCAAA